CUCGAAAUGAUAAAUUUAUGCUCAAAAUGAUUAUUCACUUAAAUUUCUUUUAGUACAAAUUAAAGGGCAAUAAAGGGCCGAAGCCGUAGAUGCUUUCUUCCAUUGAAAAGCUAACGGGACUUUCAUUUCGCCAUGGCUAUGGCUUAUAGUCUUGGGAAUUUGCCGUGGAGUUGCCUUUCAUACACUCCCCACACCAUAAAAACAUCCUCAUCAGUCUCAAAUAUGCACCGAAAACCAGCACCGAAAUCACAUAUUUUGUGUGCAGAAAAUAAGAAAAAACGAUGCUUGAGGUGCAAUGAAUUCUAUGAAGAUAAAACUAACUCUCCAACAGCUUGCUCUUUCCAUGGCCACACCACUGGAGAGAAAGGAUUAUUUGCAUUUGCCCCCCCUCACCAGGGCAUCGAUGGAGAGUGGAGUGAUAAAUCUGGUGUUAUAGUCUACAGAUGGAAUCAGAAGGAUAAUAGGCCAAAUACCGGUAUAUCGAACUGGAAGAAGCGCUGGAGCUGUUGUGCUGAGUAUGAUGAAAAUGCACCACCUUGUCAGCAGGGAUGGCAUGUUUCGUAUGACGAUGGCUUUACUUUGUACUAAUGGUAUCUUGCCUGAUCUCAUUAUGUACUCCUUUAUUUGUUAUGUCACGAUAUGCUCACAAGUCAGAAUGACUGACCUGUGUAAAUGUUAUUGUGCAUGAUUGCUGCCCUAUACUUUAUAAAUUGCCUCAUAGACGUUCAAAGUAGCAUUAGUUGCAGUUGAAAACCUAAAAUUGCUUUUGCUGUGUGAUAAACUGAAUUUUCCGACUACACAUGCACUUUGACAAACUGGUGCUGUUUCUGGGAUUGCUGUGAAUUUCCUUUUCCUGAAAAGUAAACGUUUUGUUCUUACAUUGUGUAUAGAUAAUGAAUAUAUACAUCAAGCUUAAUUUGGUGAUUAGAUUGACAAAUAACAGAGCUUUCAGCUCUACGUUGCAGUCAGUUUUCUGAUGAGAAAAUGAUCAGUGACAAAAAUGUUUAUGCUGAUAGUAGUGAUAAAAAAGGGGGCUUAUCAUCCUCCAAUAGAAUAAUUACAUCUUCGAACAAAGUAAGAAUCAAAACGGAUCCUUUAUCCAGUAGAAGCAGAAAACAUGAUAAAACGAGUAACAAAAACCUCCAUGGACAAAAUUAUACAACCGCAUAUACAUCUUUAUCCCACUGUUUUGAAUGACUGGUGGAUGUGCCUCAAUGCAUCUUGGUCUCUGUUCCAUUCUGGUGUUGGAGCAUUUACAAAAUGAGCAUAUAACUUAUUCUUUGCACAAGUUACUGAUAUUAAGCUAUGAGCACCAACUCCAUCAAUCUCAUACUCGUAAUACACUUGACCAUUCUCAUCCUUCCUCUCAUUUGAUGUCACACUGUCAGCACUGGCAAUGAGGUCCUGCAAGUUCACAUCUGACAAUGCCAAGUUAUUCAGCACAACGUCUUUUGGGGCAAGUUGCCGAAAACCAGCAAGGUACGUCAAGUAUUCUUUCUCCGUUUUCUUCUUUGGAUUGUAAAAUUCACUGUCUGUUCCAUUAGUUCCCUUCUCAACCUUUGAUACUAGCCUCUCUUUCCAUCCAUCAGGGACAUCGUAAAUGUACUCUGCCGAUGCCUUCUUGUCCGAAUUCCCACCAUAGCCGCCGUAGUUGGCUGCACUAGCAGCUGUACCAUAGUAUAUAAAGUAAUUUGAAGGUGAGUCUGCUGCUAUUGAAGGGAGUGUUGAUGAGGUCAGGAUUGUUGUGGCUAAUGCAGUGGCGGUCAGAGUGGUGGCUAAGGUAGUGAAGGCUGUUUUGGGAGGCGGAAUUCCGACAUGGGAUCUUGAUGUUGAUGGUGAAAUUGAUGGCUUUGAAGAGGAUGGAGUAGCAUUGGAGGAGGAAGAAAGAACUGCAGAGGGAGAGAAAAUGGUGGCCAUGGAGUUGGGAAUUUGGAUGGGAAAUCCAACAAGUGGAUAUGAUUGUUUCCGUUUGGACUUUUGGAGAGGAAUUUAUGAUUUAUCACUAUAUCAACAAAAAGAUAUUGCAGUUUGGUCCCUCAUAUAUUGGUAUAUUGAACUACGACUUAUUUAAACUUUUGUAAUAAUUUUUAGUUCUUUACAUUUGCUUUACAUUUGUGAAUCGAACUUUUAGUUUUGAGUUUUCUUAUUUGCAAACUAG